ACAUUCUUUGCAAAUUUGCAACUAGCUGUAGCCUGCGUGGUUUUGUGCACCAUGGCCAUGGCUGAGAAGGGGUCGGCAGCGAGGAAGGCCGGGCUGAUCACCAAGACGCUGGACCGGUGCCGUAGCACCACAACGAGGAACAAGCCAGCGGAGGGAUGCUUCUCGGUGUACGUCGGCGCAGACAAACAACGGUACGUGGUGCGGACGGAGUGCCUGAACCACCCGUUGUUCCAGGCGCUGCUGGAGGAGGCCGAGGAGGCAUUUGGGUACGCAGAUGCAGGGCCCCUCGAGCUGCCCUGCAACACCGAGGCAUUCACCAAGGUGCUAGAGAAGAUCGAGAAGGAGAAGCAGAUGGCUGUGGGGAGGAGGCACGGCCUCCCUAGGGGGAACUCCUAUCAGUUACUUGGCACUGGCUGGCCUAUGAUUGUCGGCCGGUCGUAACAUUUGUGUUUGGAUUGGAUGAUGCCGAGUUGAUGAGCUCUGAGUUUCUGUUGAGCUCCUAUUCUCAUAUAAUCAUGUACGCAGUUGAAAGCAACCUUAGCUCCCAAGUAUGGUAAACAACAUCACCAUAGACCAGGCAAUGUUAGAUAUUUUUCUUCUUUUACCCUUUUUCCUAUUUCUGUGAGAAGGCAAUGUUAGAUGUUAAUGUGUAUUCCCCUCCUAGGUUGUACUGGUAAUUGUAUGUGAAAGUGGUAUACAGAUACACUAUAGAAUUUUGCAAGUUUUGUGAUGACUAUAUACUGCGUAAUAUCAUAAUUCCAAAGUAGAAUCGCCCACUUCAAUUCAUCUCACACAGAUUGCAAGUUGGAGUGUCCGUGUUUCUACAAUGUUUUAGAAAAAAG